AUGGCGCUGCUCCCCCUGCUCCUCGCGCUGCUAGCAGCUGCAGCGCGCGCCCCAGCGCUUGCCGAGGCCAAGUGCGUCAUGACUCAGACGUGUAUCAACCCGGACAACGAGCCCGACUAUGACGACUGCAUCCCCGAGGCGCACAAGGAGCCCGUAGAGCCGCAGCCUAUGACGGGGGAUGGCUGGCCGAGCGUCAUCGGUGGCGGGGGCUGUGCUAACGCCACCGACUGCAACGGCAAAGGGCAGUGUAUCAAUGGAGCCUGCGUGUGCCGGAAGGACGGCAUGGCCGCUGGCCCGCACUGCGGCCAAUUCGCCAUCCAGUGUCCCGCCUACAAGGACAACGCGUGCUGCUCGUGGCAGCAGAACCAAGCCAUGGCCGAGAACUUCAAGUUGGUGGCCAGCGUCUUCGCCAAGAACAGUGCCGGCGGCUGCGACGCUUGCGCCGCCAACCUCAUGAACUUGUGGUGUGGCCUGGUGUGCUCGCCCGAGCAGGAUCAGUUCAUGCAGAUGGCCCACGCGUGGCCCAGUACCAACUACCGUCCGGACCCCAUGACGGGCAAGGAGAAGGUCAAGGUGCUGGAGCUGCAUGUGGCACUAGCCAAGGGCUUGACCUGCUCAGUCUUCGAUUCGUGCAAGAACACGGCCAUGGCGUCGAUGGUUGCGGCCAUGAAGUCCUCGCUGGGCUUCCUCAAUUAUCAGAUGCAGGUCGGCGCGGUGGGUCAUGGAGAGUUCAUCAAUCUGCGCUUCAAUGCGAGCAAGGACAAGUCGUUCGACCAUGAGGUGCUGAAAUGCUCCAACUACUCGGAGGUCGUGGACAUGCGCGAGACACUGCCAACGCAAGCGCAGCUACUGGAAUCUAUCGCGUCCAAGGCCACAGACGACAAGCAAUGUCCCUGCGGUGCGUGUCGUGCCACAUGUGACGCUCACACGAGCGGAGGUAGCCAUAUUCACGUCGUCGACGACCCCAUCUCCAUGUCCUCGGGUUUUAGUACCAAGCUUGUGGCCGCUGCUUACGGAGCGUUAGUGAUCUUGGCGUUCUUCUGGAGCAAGUGGAAGAACCAGUGA